ACUCAUAAAUGUAUAAAUAUCAUUUCUUGUCGAAAUACACAAAACAAUGAAAAGAAAUAUUUUGAAAAAGUAACAUGAGAUAUAUUUCGGGGUUAUUUGUUUUCCUGUUGGCUUUGGCCGCAAUCGAAGCUGAUCAAAUUGUUGAAUUGCGCGAUCAAGAUGUUCAACAUUAUAGAGUGAGAAGAUUCACCUGUGAUGUUUUAAGCGCUCAAUUCAUGGGAUUUAAAAUUAAUCAUGCUGCCUGUGGACUUCAUUGUUUGGGUUUACUCAAGAGAGGAGGAUACUGCAACAGUAGAGCGAUUUGUGUUUGCAGAAAUUUUUUGUUUUGAGUUAUACCAUAGUAUAUACAUUAAACAUAUUGUGGUUAUACGUAUUCCUGUUAAGGUUCAAUGUUUAAUAAAACAGGGUGCUAUAUA